AUGACUUCCCCGCUGCAGCGCUCCAUUGUGCCGUUGUUGACGGGCUCGACCGGCAGCCCGAAGGAAGUCUUGGCAGCCGCAAUCAUGGCUUCGCCGUUCUUGGCGGCCUUAUCUUCCUUCUUCAUCCCGCCUUCCGUCAGUGUAUUCUUUUUGGCUUUUCACCCCGUACCCCAGCUGCGCCUUGUGCCACUUGCGCAGACCUUCGACACCACAGUCACAGUGCCGAUGCAAGCGGUGCACGAGAUCAAUGGAGACGCCCAGGCGCCGCACGAUCUCGACGACCUUCGGGCCGAACCUUCGAAGAGCUGCUGGACGUACGGGCGCAACAAAACAUCUGCGAUGGGCGCCGGGCAGUACUUCACGUCCAUGCGCUUCGGGAUGUGGGUCAUGGCUUUGAGAUGCUGGGCAACCGCAUACUCUGGGCUACAAGAACAGCCACACCAGCUGCUGGAAUGGAUCGUGCCCGUUCCGUUCGAGAUGAGGCUGCGCACUACGAACUCCCCGAUGUUCUUGUCGUUGUAG